AAAUAUUUUCGUGGCAAAAAAGCGGUGGAACUUCCGCGUCUCGCUACAUUGCAGGUGACACGGCGACGACAGGUGAAGGUAGUGAGGGAAAACUCUUACAAACUGUAUCUCGGACUGGGUAGGAGCAGCCUUUAAUUCUGGUGAACGUCGUCUAGAGCCGAAAAUGCAGACUGUGCCGCACGCAAUCCCCACCAGUCGAUGAAAAUAUGUACCACGGGUUUUUGCUGGCGGGGAGAGACAACAGACAGUGGGAGAGAUAGGAGAUGGUCACUUCCAAAACUAAAGCACGGUCUGGCGCGAACCGUAAGAUGAAUGCAUUCGAUCGGUAUACGUAAACGGGUUACAUUCGAUCGGUCGCUGGCAAACGUGUCAAACGGAAAGCAGCAUCCGGACCCCGCGUUGGCGAUGGUUAGCACUAGAAUAUCUGACCCGUGUGUAUGGUGUGCGCGUGAGAUGUUUGCAUAAAAUGCAAUUAAACACAAUCGUGCGCUGUUGCCGUGCCAGUGGUCAGGAUGUGUGUGUGAGAGUGUGUGUGUGCAGUGAGCAACAACAACAGCAAAAAUGUGCAAAAUGGUUCAUAAAAUAAGUUCAAUAAGUAAAAAAGUGUAAAGUGCACUGUAUUUUUUUUAAAUAGUGUGUAAUAUUGUGGCGCACGCAUCCUCUUCGCGGAUCGUGUGAGCGCGUCCCAUAACGCUUCAAUCAUCAAAUCCAACAACAAAAAAACAACCCCCCCGUAUAUACCCGGCCACAGGUGUGCAAGUUUGUGUUUACGCACUGUAAGUUUGUUUUUGCUUUUGCUUUAACCCUGUGAGCACUGGGCCAUUACGGACGGCCUUCGAGCGAUGUGCGUCUACAUUGCCGCUGUCGUCGAACGGCUUGAUACGAAGCGCACGCACACGCACGCGAACCUGCGGGUGGUGAGCUGAUAAAGAUGAACGUUGGACAGCACACCGGUCCGGGGCCGCCAUUGAGCCGCAAUGGCUGUUCGGACCGUUCCGUCACCGGGCCGUCCUGCCGGGCGCUCCGGACCGCCGUAUCGGCCCUUUACUGUUUGGACGAUUUUCACCGCGAACACAUAGGGUCCGGUUUCUUCUCGGAAGUGUUCAAGGUAACACAUCGGACUACCGGUGACGUAAUGGUGCUGAAGAUGAAUCAACGGCGUGCCAACCGACCCAACAUGUUGCGCGAAGUUCAGCUGCUGAACAAACUGUCCCAUCCGAACAUCCUGAGAUUUAUGGGCGUCUGCGUGCAGGAAGGACAGUUACACGCCCUCACAGAGUACAUCGAGGACGGUUCGCUGGAGCAGCUGAUCGCGAACAAAACACAGUACCUUCCGGCGCUCUGGAAGAUAAGAAUCGCAUUGGGGAUAGCUCGUGGAAUGCAGUACGUACACGAUGUCGGUAUCUUUCAUCGCGAUCUUACAAGCAAGAAUGUGCUUGUGAAACGGUUGCCGGAUGGAAUGUUCGAUGCAGUGGUCGGAGAUUUUGGGCUUGCAGCUAACAUCCCCCGAAAGUGUGGUAAACCUCGCCUUGACACUGUUGGCUCACCGUACUGGAUGAGUCCGGAGUGUCUGAAAGGACAGUGGUACGAUCAAACCAGUGAUGUAUUCUCCUUUGGAAUAAUCUUGUGUGAAUUAAUAGCUCGGAUUGAGGCAGAUCCGGACAUCAUGCCCAGAACUGAUACGUUCGGUUUGGACUACAUUGCUUUUGCUGAUGUGUGUCCGAACGAUACGCCACCGGCGUUUUUAAGACUGGCCUUCUACUGUUGUACUUAUGAUCCAAAGAGUCGACCAACGUUCACGGAGUGUGUGAAAAAGUGCACCUUGCUGUCGGAUGUGUGUGAGGAUAGCUACAACCAUUUGCAGCAGCAGCAGCAGGCUCACUAUCGCAUGAACAUAGCUAACGGAAGCGCGAUCUCGAACGGUGUUGGUGUGAACGGGUUGAACGGUUCGACCAGCAGCAGCUCCGAACCGGUGCCGGCGGUGAGUGAAAACAGUUCGGCGGGCAGCAGCUCGUCCACGACACCGUCGGGCAGUGGUGAAUAUUCACAAAACCCGCUCCACCAUCGGCGCUCGCUGUCGGAGAACGUGAUCGUAUUUCCACCGCACACGACACCGAGCGAUAAGGCGCGUUAUCACAUGUACCAGCGGGGCAACUCGGUCGUUCGGCCGGCCGAACCAGCAAUUCCCGAAACGCCCACCUACUCGAACCAAACGCUCCGGAAGGUGGCGGAAACGAUGCUGCUGAAGGAUUCGCAGUACAAACCGCGGGCCAAAACGGACCAGGGUACCGGCACGAAAGCGAACCCGUUCAGUGCGCUGUCGCAGCUGAAGGGCGUCAAAAAGAUACUCGGUCCCAAGCCAGCCGUUACGACGUACAGUUCCGGUGAUUUGUUUAGUUCCUGCUUCGAAAUAUCGGCCCCGUACUUUCGGGCCUGGAACUCGGUGCAAAACCAGAUCGUGCGCAACGCGCGCGACGGUAGAAGCUGCGUCGGUUUGGCAAGCUCGAGCGGUUCCAGCUCGGGCGGUGGUAAUGGCGAGGGUCAGCCGAAAAGUUUACCCAACUCGCCCACCUCACCGCGCAAGGAGUAUGGCGAGGAGGACGACGAACACACGGCCGUUGGUGCGUUAGCGAACGAGUACCGCAAAGUGUCGCUCGGGAACGUGCGAAAGUAUCGUGCCAGCUUCACCGAACUCUCUAGUCAUCCACUGUACAAGAGUGGCCAAAUUGAGACUGAAGUAACGAGUAGCAGCGCGGUGCCGUCGGCAAAGGUGGCGAACGCUGGCACCGGCAUCGGGACUGUGGCGUCCGCUGGUACGGUCAAUUUAAAUACCGGCAAGAAGAUGUCCAACGGUAGUGUUAAACCCAUAAUGCCUUCCAUCGUAUCGGAGGAUCCAGCUGAUGAGGAAUUGGAGCUGAACGAGGAGGAGUCUAAAGUGGCAAGCGGCAAAAGUUUGAAAGCCGCUAGCAGCAGCAGCAAUGGUAGCAAUCUGGUUCAUUUGUGUGGCAGUAACAACGGGGACAGUGGCACGGAAGAAGGUCAGGAUGGUGCAAGCUGUGAUGGAGAGUCAACUCAGUUGGAGGAUGAGGAAGAGGAGGAAGAGGAGGAGGAGGAGGUCGUGGUUGUAAGGCAGAAACACGACGGCGAGCAACGAAAUGGUGAAGAUAGACUACUGCUAAACGCCACAGCUGGUACAACCAUCAACAGUGAGCCGAAUACGAUAGGUCCCAACGGGAAGGAUGCAUGUCCGGAAGGAGACGGAGUGUUGGAGACGCCACGCAUUCUCACCAGGCGGGGAUCUACCGAAAGUGGAUUUUUCUCUUGCCUCAAUGAAGACUUUGGCACGUACAAAUCUUCACCCUGCUGCUGCUUGGAGCAGAUAGCGCACUUCGAAUCGACCGACCGGUUGUCCAUGUGUCGAUGCAUAUACGCCGGAGCUACAACGCUGGCCAGCGGAGGACCUGGAACAGCAUCGAGCGGAACGCCUGCCGACGGAUUGACCGGACUGAUGUCCAACCAGACGUUGAACGAUAGCUCGAGCAUACUGUUCUUCGACGACAGCUCGACCACGGUCAGUUCCCUGCGAAGUAUGGACGAUUUGGAGCUGUCGGAUUCAAUACGCAAGCGUUUCAACCAUCACCAUCACCUGCAUCAUUUGCAUCCGGUGCAUCAUCAGCUGCACAGCCGGCACCAUCACGUACUGAGCAACGUAGACAUCGAUGCACGAUCGAUAGACAUGGGGCUGAUUAACCGGUUGGCGCUCGAUUCGGAAAUUAGCAGCAUGAUCCAGAAGAACCAGUUCACGAAUCAGCUGCUGUACUGCAAAAACCGUUCGUCAUCGAUAUUCACCGACAGCUCGGACGAUAUUAGCAGCCUGGCCGGUUCGGACUCGCUGCUGUGGGACGAUCGGUCAUGUACGAACAUGCCCAACGCACGCUCGGCCCAGAUCGCCAAGAUCGUCGAGUACUUCGAGCGUAAGGUGCAAACCUUUAAACCAUUCACUGUACCUGAUACGCUUCAGCUGGGCGCGUCCGCCUCCGGGAGUCACUGCGGUGGUGCGGGCAGCUCGGUACAUUUGCAGCAUCAUCAUCACCAUCACCAUCAUUACCAUCGUCCUAGUGCGGCCUAUUCGACGGGAACGACGACUACAACACCAUCCUGUAUCGCGAUGAGCGCUACGGUAACGAACGGUGCCACAGCAACGGCAUCGGCAAACACACCAACAGCAACACCAAACGGAACAGUUAGCGAUAGUGGGCGAACCCAUGCAGCCACCUCGACGAUGGUCACUGCUGCUGCGGCGAACGCAAAGCUCUCACAAGCCGAACUGAAGCAGCGCUUCGAGUAUGAAGCGUUCUGUUUGGAGCUGGAACGCAAGCAGCAAGCGUCUGGAGCUGUUGCAAACGCUCCCCAAAUUCGGUUGAACAACAUCUGCGAGGGAAACGUUCGCUCGAAGCUGCAGCUGUUCGAUAAGCUAAAGCAGCAGAGCAGCAGUGUGGCCGCAACAGUUGCCCCGGCGAAUGGAGUCCCACUGACGAGCAGCAUCAGCAACAGCAGUGUCAGCAGUACCGGCAGCAGUAAUAAUUGUACCGCUUCCGGCAGCAACAUGAACGGGUUAACCAUAAUAGAUAAGUAGAGAAAAAGGGAUUAGAAACGGUGGUCGUUGGCAGCCGUUGGUAAAUAGCAAUUCCUUAGGCAAGCAGAAAUGGCCUUGCAAAGUCGUAUUGCAAAGUAGUAAUAACAGUAGUACUAUGGAACUACUUACCUAUGCAACAUGCGUUCAAAAAAAGACGGUUAGAUAAAAUUAGCUGAUAGGAAAACAGUAUGUUGUUAUGUAUGUUUCUCCGUCCUAACCGUCAGUGACGAUGUAAAACAAAUGCAUACAAAUUCAUCAAACACAGAUCGAAUUGCAAAAAAAAAAAAAACACAAAUGCGCCAAACAAUUCUAACGUAGAACCUGAUUGGAUGUGUCAAAACAAAACAAAAACCCGUACUGUUGAAGCGAAGAGAGCAUGUAGUAAAGGUUAUAAAUAUAUAUUUCAAUUUUGCACCGCGCCAUCCCGGGCAUCCCUCCCUGUGCAAUAGCCAAUUAAGAGCAAUAGUGAAUUAACGUGUAAUAGAGCCUGGAUCGGGAGAAGUCCACAGGACGCUGUAGUCGUUAUUGUCGUAGGUGCAAAUACGAUCCCACAGUGUCGGCGCAACGGGCUUCAUGCUCUGCUGGCGCCACUCCUUCUCCACGAUGCAAAACUUCCAUCUUCUAGCAUAGCGUCAGCGGUGAAUAAAAUGCCCCAAAGCAUUGGCGGAAGUAAUCAAGAAUGCGUUGAACGAUCGCUAGAUCCGGUGUAUAGCAGAACUGCAGGAAGUAAUUAUUUUGCCAAACAUACUAUCUAUAGAAGCGGGGUUUAACGUACAACCGUAACAGCAAACAACAUACUAAAAACCGUCAAAGACACAAUCCGUUAACGAAGCAGCGAAACAUAGGGCAACUAUAAUGCGGGACGCGCAAAGGAUGUACCCCAGGAAAGUCUGAAAGGCCAAUGUCUGAAAGAGUGAAUCAAUUCGUAAACUUUUUGACGUCCAUUUUUUAACAAAAGCAAUUAAUCAUUAUUAGUAGUACACAGAACGAGUAGGGAAACCGCCACACGGUGUGCAUGGAGCGCAAAGACAUAAGAAUCAAAUGUGGUCGAAGCUGAAAGCUGUAACAGGUGGCGCGAAACACACACAACUUGUACAUUGUGAGAUGUUGUAAAGGUUUUUGAUUUUUGUUUCUUUUUUUCUGAUAUCUCCUGUGAGAGGACUGAAUGAUAGGAUGUAGCAAAACACAGCUGUGCAGUGGAAAUAAUGCCAAAAAAAAAAUGCGAUCUACACACAUUUGUACCAUUGGUACGAAAGGGCCCCUUCUGUUCCUCCCAUUCUCCAAUACUAACACUACACAGACACACGCGACUAUCAGUUUUCGAUUAGCCAUGGGCAUACUUAGGUCUUCCUUAUCCAGUAUAGGUGCUUCGGUGUGGUGACAAUUUCCACAACGCUCACUAACGAAAGCGAUAGGCGAUUUUACGCAAUUAAGUUGAAGAGACACACUCAUCAGGCAGUAUCUGUUUUUAUCAUAUCGUACGCCACUAAUCCAUUUGCUACCUCCAAAGCAACCUUUUGCUGCUAGCUUCCUGAUUCUCCAGCAUUGUGAAGGGGCGAAAACCCUCGCCAACCUAUAUCGUACAAGUAUUCUUUUCCUUUUUUUAUUUCCUUUUACCAACUAGUAAAGAUGGGCAUGUUUGCAAUAUACUGAUGUAGCUACGUAUAGAGCUGUAUAGGGAUUAGUUUUGUUACAAGUACAUUAAGUUAGUGUUAAUUAGUUUGCAGAAUAAACCGUGUGGAUAAAUAGUGUAGUGAA